AUGUCCACGUUAUUUUCAUUGCUUCCACCUCCUAAACAUUCCAAAUUGUUACUGUUGGAAAAAGAAGAACACAAUGGUGCGGAGGAAGAAAUUUCCACCAUGAUGAAGAAAUCAACACUGAAUCAUCAUUCGAAAUCAAAUCAUACAAAAAUUCCGAAAUAUGGAGAACGAGAACAUUCGGAUUGGAUACCGUCCGUUGAAGCAGAUUUUGAUGAUGGAGGAGCCUAUCCGGAAAUUCAUGUUUCUCAAUUUCCAUUAAACAUGGGACGUAAAUCAGAGUAUCGAAAUGCGUCUGGAAAUGUCCUUUCCGUGCAAGUUGACGCGAAUGGCAAUGUUAAUUUUGAUAAGAUUGUUACUCAAGGAAUGAGAAAGGGUGCUCUAGCGUUCACCAAAUUCUCGGACAUGAUCGAAGCAGAUGUCGAUGAUGAUGAAUUGGCAAAGCCAUCAUCCGAUCAAUCCGCAACCAAUGUAUUAGAAACAAAAAAAGCUAUCGAGCAAAAAUUGAAUAUUAAAAUAAGCUCGGCCCAUAUCGGAGAAGGCAUUAACCGAUCUGUUGCUGCUGCUAGUGAGAACAAAAUAGAAAAGAGACAAUUCUUUAGAUAUAAACCAAGAGGAGGUACUGAUGCGGAUAUCAAAUUCAUCCAAAUUGAAGAAGCGCCCACUGAUCCUGUGGAGCCUGCCAAAUUUCACAUCAAAAAGAUGCCUAAUGGACCUCCGUCACCUCCUCCUACAGUCAUGCAUUCAGAACCAAAAAAGUUGACAAAGGCUGAUCAAGCAAAUUGGGAUAUUCCUCCAUGUGUGUCGAAUUACACAAAUCGAAAGGGUAUUAUCAUACCGCUGGAUAAAAGAAUUCUAGCAGAUGGAAGAAACCUACAACAGAUUACAAUUAACCCACAAUUUGCUGAUUUUACAGCCUCUCUUAAUUUGGCAGAACAUAAUGCAAGACUAGAAAUCAAAGAAAGAGCUGAAAUGCAACGAAAAAUCGCAGAAAUGGAACAAGAAAGAGAGUUGCAACAAACUAGAGAAUUAGCAAAUCGUGCCAAACAAUUGCACAAGGACUUAAAGUCCAAAGAGGAACGAGCUAGGUCACGAACCGUUGAUCGAAGAGCAACCUCAUCAGAAGGAAGAGAAGUUUCCGAGAGAGUGAACUUUAAUCAACCUCAAAAAACUACCUAUAGCAGUAGUGAAGUUCAAAUCGAUAGCAGACUACUCAAUCAGUCAUCGUCUGCCAUGAUAGAGACUUCAAAAUUCGAUGACGAGGACUACAACGUGUAUGAUACAGCUUUAUUUGGGGAAACUAAUGCCGGAAAGUUAUACAAUCCUAACAAGGAGAGAAUACGAAUGUUCCAAGAGUUGGACGAGCGUGUAAAUAUGAAAGAUAAGUUUGAAACUGACGAGGAACAAUCAUCUAGAAAUGUGUCAAGAAGACAGCCAGGUCCUGUUGUUUUCCAAAAAGAAGUGUCAACAGCCAGCAGCAGUAGUGGUGGUGCAGGCAGUAAGGAAGCAACAUCUAGUAGUGAGCCGCCUUCUAAUGAAGAUGAUGAUCCAUUCGGAUUCUCCAAGUUCUUAACGGAUACAAAGAAGCGAAAAACUUUCGAUCAUAUAGGUCAGAAAGGGUUCAUGUCUGCAACUGCUGGAAGUGGCUCUGUCAACCCAGAAGACUAUCGUGGCAGCAAAAAGAAAAAGAUGGAGUUCACCAAAAGCAAAGAGUAG